UUGCGCCAGCUCCACAGAAACGUUAGAAGGUGAAUUUUAACAAAUCAAUUUCAAGCUUCAUAAAAAUAAUUCAUCUGAAACUCACAAUCAGUUUGAAAAAUUCAAUGAGCUUUCGCCAUUUUCAUAGACUUUAGAAAAAAUCAGUUUGAUUUGUAACUAAAUUGAAUUUUGAAACCAAAUUUUAUAAGGAAAUAAAUUUAAAUUUGAAUUCCAGGUUGCCUCGACUUCUCCACCAGUUAUUCCGGCUCAAGUUCGUCCACAACAUUUGACAAAAUGAAGAACGAGAUCCAAAACACCGGGGGCUUCAACUCGACCAGCUUUGAAACAAUUAACUGCUCCAAGAUCAAACGCAGGAAAAUCGGUCAGCUUCCAGUGAAAUUAGGAUCGGAUGAAAAUUCAAAUGCGAUGGUCAGUUUAGUUUUCAUUUCUAUAUUUUUGUGGAAAAUUAGAAGUUCUGAAAAUAUUUCCGGCUUGUCAGAGAAAAAUCAAUUGAAAAUUUAUGGUUUCAAAAAAUUUGAUAAUUAUAAUAACUUAUUUGUUGAUUUUCGAAAUGUUUCGAAUAUUUUCGAAAUGUUUCGAAAAUUACCACUUUCAUUUUUGGGAAGAUGUGAGUCUUGAUUUGUCUUUUAGACCCACUGAAAGAGCUUGAGAUGUCAUUUCUAAACACUAAAAUACGUGUUAGUGUCCAGAAAUUCUAUUUGGUCAUUUUCGAAACAUUUCGAAAAUGACCACGUGUUUUAGUGUUUAGAAAUGACAUUCCAAGCUUAUUCAAUGAGUCUAAAAAACAAAUCACGACUUCAGAAUCAAAUUGUUGAUUUUCGAAACUUUUCGAAAAGUUUCGAAACAUUUAAAAUUUCAGGCCCCAACCGAAUAUUUUGUCGAAUGAUGAUAGUUUGCAAAGAAUUACGCGAUCGAGAUCCAAAAGCGUGAUUCCAUCAGGACUUCUUUCAACUCCAAAAACAGCUCAAGCAGCACCAGGAAAAACGAAUGAUGGUUCUUCUCAGAGAUUCAAAAAAUCCAUAUCCAGAAUUGUCGUUCAGCCACCUGGAGAAGCAAGAAAAUUGGAACAGUUGCGAAAAGAAGUGGUCAGUUUUUUUGUGAACAAUAUUUCUCUUUUGAAAACUUUUCCUGAAUUUCUGUUACUCAAAAAUUGUUAGGUCAAAGAGUAAAUAUAAAAAUAUCAAAAAAAAUUUCAAAAUCAAAUUACAAUUUUUUUCAGGACAAUCUCAACAAAAAGAGAUAUAAUGUUGGAACGAAAGAAUGGAUCAAUAAGUUCAAAAAAGUUAUGCCACUAUUCCUGGAUCCAACUAAAAAUGAAGUUGAGUAUGUGAAGCUCGAGAAAAUAUUGAUAAGAAAAGGAGGAUCGGAAACAUAUGUAUGAUGAGAUCUACAUAGUCAAGGAGAAAACUGGUUCGGGAAUCGAAAUUCCCGAUUCCACAUGUGGGAUUUGCGUUACCACACAAGAAACUGAGAGUAUGAAAUUGGGAGAUUUUGCAAAGGAGAUGAUGAAGAAAAAGGGUCGACCUUGAAUGCAAUCAGUCUAGAAAUCACGAAUUUGCCACAGUACGUUUUUAUUUUCAAUCAAAAAUGCUUCUGAAGCCUUCUGAAACCUUCUGAAGCCUUUUGAAGCCUUCUGAAGCCUCUGAAGCUAUUUGAAGCUUUCGGAACCCUUUCGAAUCACAAAAAAUGCUUCUGGAAGACUUCCGGCGAACUCUGAAGCCUCUGAAGCCUCCAAAAUCCUUCUCAAGCAGAAAAAAUGUUUUUGAAAAAUAAAUCAGAUUUCAAAAACAAAAGAGAAUUCAAAAAAAAUUUUACAGGCUAAAUUCAAAGUUCGAGCAACGAAAAAUAGUAAGACAGAUGUCAAUGACUCAAAAAUUGAUCGACAUUGGCCAACUUGCAAAAAAUCUUCAUCCGACUGUUAGAAACUACUUGUUGGCAAAUUCUUACACGAAUUCACAUUUCGAUUUUGGUGGAAGCAAUGUCUUCUACGCACAUCGUUGCCGGCAAAAAAGUCUUCCUUGCCGCACGACCAGAGGUUGGAUUCAUUCAGUGUUCACGCCAGAGGGUAUAACGUUUUCGGCGGUAAUUAUCUAUCGCUUAACAAAAUCAAUAUCCAUCUUCGGUUAGUUUUUUCAACGCCAAUUUUGGGGUAUUUUUUCAAGCUCUCUACAUAGAUUUAUUUCUUGAUAGAAGUUUUUAAUGAGGAAAUUUCUGGAAUUUAAGCUAGGGGUUCACCUAAGCCUCCUGGAAAAACUCAACCUGAUUUUCAAGAACUUCUAGAAAUUUUUACACUGAUUUUCGAAUUUUAAGAUUUUUCAUUUCAAGUUAGCAUAACCUCUAGAAAAAAUCCAGGGGUUCACGAAAUAAAGUUGAUCUUCUAGAAUUGUUCUAAAAGAUCUAGGUAGUUUUACCAGAUUUUCAAAUAUUAGCCAUAAUAUAUUUUUUUCAAAUACAUAUUUUCAGAAUCCACGAAAUCAAACAAGAAUUGAUCCAAAAACAAGACAUCGAUUUGUAUGUGACUUUUACGAAUUUCGAGCUAAUUCAACUUUGUGUUGCCAAAAUUGGUUGA